AAGUGUCAAAAGUCAAAACAUUGAGGUUGAUACGAACAAUUUUCCGUCUUUUUGUAUUCAAAUUUCGCAUUAUGUAAUUGUGGAAAUUUUUUUAACUUUUUAAAAGCAUGACAAAGCUAUAAAAUUUCAUUGAAGUCGAGAGAAUCAAGAGAAAUACGAACAUAAUGAAGUCGUUUCGGGAAACUCUUUUGAAUGCAAAAAAUGUUUUAAUUUUGACUGGCAGUGGUAUUUCUGCUGAAUCUGGAAUUCCAACUUUUCGGGGAGCGGGUGGAUUUUGGAGAAAAUACCAGGCCCAAAGUCUUGCUACUCCAGAAGUUUUUGCAUCUAAUCCAUCCUUGGUUUGGGAAUUCUAUGAAUAUCGACGAACUGUUGCAGCACAGGCGAAACCCAACAAGGCUCAUGAAGCAAUUGCAGAAUUUCAAAAAAGAUUAUCCAAGGAAAACAAAAUUGUUUCGAUAGUGACACAAAAUAUAGAUGGACUUCAUCAAAGAGCAGGUGCUGAGAAUGUUUUGGAACUUCACGGUUCACUCUACAAAACUCGAUGUACGAAAUGCAAAAAUGUCGAACAAAAUGAAUCUCUUCCGAUUUGUCCAGCUUUGGAAGGAAAAGGAUCUCCUGAUCCAAAGGCUUUGUCGUCGGAUAUUCCGGUUGAAGAUUUACCCAGGUGUGAAAAGCAAGACUGUGGCGGUCUUUUGAGGCCUCAUAUCGUUUGGUUCGGAGAAAAUCUUGAUAAAGACGUUUUGCGAAAAGCUUAUGAAGCUGUUGAAACCUGUGACGCUUGUUUAGUGAUUGGAACUUCUUCGGUCGUCUAUCCGGCCGCAAUGUUUGCACCUCAAGUUGCUCGUCGAGGCAUUUCUGUUGCUGAAUUUAAUAUCGAAUCGACUCCAGCAACUCGAGAUUUUAAGUAUCAUUUUGAAGGACCAUGUACAGUAACAGUCCCGGAAGCAUUGGAAACACAAGAAUGCUAAAAUUUGUUAUAAAAAAAGCGGUUGAAUUAAUAGGAUAUGGAAAAAAA